CAUACACACAGCGGUCCAGCCUGCCGCGUAGUGCGGCUUAACACGGGGCUCAGUCCACCCGGCGCCAAGUUGCAGGUACCAAAGCGCAGUCCCUCGUCCACACUUUAGCGGACGGACGAGGCUGAGAGGAAGCCGGGCGUCCAAGCCAAACGCCUCCGCCGACGCUGUUGAUACUUAGAGAGAGGCGGAUAGAAGGGGCAGAUGCUGUCUGACCUGCUGUGUGUUUCCAGCAUUUUCUGAUUUUAUUUCAAGAAAGGAUUUUUUCAUUUUGCCUUAAAUGCUGGCAAGAAAAUGAAUUUCAAGGUGUCCAUUACACUACUUCUUCAGUGAAGUUUAUUCUGCAAGAACAAGCUUCCCUGGCGCAGCCAGCAACUAUUUAUUAUCUCUGGACUGCAGACUGACAACACUGCCCGAGGCUAUUACUACCGAAACAAUUGGAACUGUGGCUUGUGUUCCCGACGAAGCAACCCCACCUCCCCACUGAAGUGAAAGAAUGAAGCUAAGAGACAGACAGUACUGCUAUGUCCUCGCGAUUGUGUCACUCUUCCUGGGACUUGGUAUGACAAGUCAAUCAGAUCCUUCGCCUUCGUUGCCCAGACCCCACCUGACAAAGGUGCAGGAGGCUCACAGGCGGGUGAAGAGGGGCUGGGUAUGGAAUCAGUUCUUUGUGCUGGAGGAGUACACAGGCACAGACCCAUUAUAUGUGGGGAAGCUUCACUCUGAUGUUGAUCGGGGAGAUGGCUCCAUCAAGUACGUGCUUUCAGGAGAAGGAGCAGGUUCCAUCUUUAUCAUCGACGAGAGCACAGGAGAUAUCCAUGCCACCAAACGACUGGAUCGUGAAGAACAGGCCUAUUACGCACUACGGGCACAGGCUGUUGACCGGUUGACUAACAAACCCGUUGAACCCUUGUCAGAGUUUAUCGUCAAGAUUCAAGACAUCAAUGACAAUGAGCCACGGUUUCUGGAUGGACCAUAUUUAACCAGCAUCCCUGAAAUGUCUCCUGUCGGAACCUCAGUGAUACAGGUGACAGCCACUGAUGCCGAUGACCCCACCUAUGGAAGCAGUGCCAGGGUGGUCUACAGUAUCCUGCAGGGACAGCCAUACUUCUCGGUGGAGCCAAAGACAGGAAUCAUCAGAACAGCUCUCCCCAACAUGGACAGAGAGGCCAAGGAUCGCUACCUGCUGGUUAUCCAGGCGAAAGAUAUGGUUGGACAGAUGGGAGGCUUGUCCGGAACAACAUCAAUCACUGUUACUCUCAGUGAUGUCAAUGACAACCCACCACGCUUCUCUCGUAGGUUUUAUCAAUACAACGUGCCUGAGUCUUUACCUGUGACUUCCACUGUGGCCAAAAUAAAAGCUCUCGAUGAUGACAUUGGCCCAAAUGCUGAGAUGGAAUAUAAAAUCAUUGAUGGUGAUGGAUACUCCGUCCUUCAGAUUGCCACUGACAAGGAGACUCAGGAAGGGAUCAUAACUCUUCAGAAGGAACUGGAUUUUGAAAAAAAGUCAAGUUACAGCCUGAAGAUUGAGGUCACCAAUACACAUGUCGACUCGCAGUUUGAGGCAAUGGGACCCUUCGCCGACACAGCUACAGUGAAGCUCGUGGUUGAAGAUGUGGAUGAGCCUCCUGAGUUCAGCUCACUGCUGUACAAAAUGUCGGUGUCCGAAGCAGCGAGGGUGGGCACGGCCAUUGGCACUGUCUCUGCCCAUGACCCAGACAAGGCCAACAAUCCUGUAAGGUACUCCAUAGAUCGCAACACAGACUUGGAAAGAUACUUUAACAUUGAUGCUAACACAGGAGUUAUUACCAUUGCUAAACCACUGGACAGGGAGACCAAUGAGGAACACAAUAUCACAGUGUUGGCGAUGGAGAGUCAGAAUCCUGCACAAGUUGGAAGGGGAUCGGUUCACAUUAGCUUGGUGGAUGUCAAUGACAACGUCCCUGAAUUUCCAAUGGAGUACGAAACAUUUGUUUGUGAAAAUACCAACCAUGGCAAGAUAAUACAGAAGAUCAGUGCUGUGGACAGGGAUAAACCACUCAGCGGUCACCACUUUUAUUUCUCCCUUGCUCCUGGGGCUGGUAAUAACCUUAACUUCACGGUGCAAGAUAACAGAGAUAACACUGCCGUAAUCUUGACGAAGAGAGCUGGCUUCAGCCGACAUGAGCAGGCUGUCUAUUUCCUGCCUAUUGUGAUUGUGGACAACGGUGUUCCAGCACUGAGCAGCACCAACACUCUUACCGUGCGAGUUUGCAGUUGCGACGAUGAAGGCGUGGCCCACUCAUGCAAUGCUGAAGCCUUUGCCCUUCCUGCUGGCCUCAGCACUGGAGCUUUCAUUGCUAUACUGGCCUGUGUGCUAACUCUGCUAGUCCUCGUUCUGUUUAUUGUGACUCUGCGCCGACGUAAGAAGGAAUCAUUGGUAUUCGAUGAAGAGAAAGACAUCAGAGAGAAUAUCGUCCGCUACGAUGAUGAAGGUGGGGGUGAGGAGGACACAGAGGCCUUUGACAUGGCAGCUCUGAGGAACCUCAACUUCAUUCAGGAUGUGAAAACCCGACGAGACGUGACGCCAGAGAUCCAGCUGUUCUCAAAACCGCCCCACAAGAUGUCCCCUGAGAACAUCAUCUUUGGGGAGUUUAUCUGGGAGAGGAUGAAAAGUGCAGACACUGACCCCAGCGCCCCUCCUUAUGACUCGCUACAGACCUACGCUUUUGAGGGGAACGGCUCGGUGGCAGAGUCACUGAGCUCCUUAGAGUCCAUUAGUUCAGCAUCAGACCAGAACUAUGAUUACCUCACUGACUGGGGACCCCGGUUCAAAAAGCUGGCGGACAUGUACGGCAGUCCGAAGGACAGUGCAAACUCUUAAUCACACUGGCUAAACAAUCGCACUGAUUUUGUAUUCUUGUCAGUUGCAGGACAGUGUCGGAGAAACAAGAAAAAGUAACAGGGAACCAUUUUUUAAGAGUCUUGCUUUGCCUCUUUUUAGGUGGUAACUGCAUCAUUUGAAUUCCCAUGGAAACCAUUCAAAGCAACCAGUUCAUGAGCGCAGUGUUUGAAAUUUCUCAAUAUGAAUGUGUUGGAUAGCCACCGUGCUGGGUUGCAAACAUUACCUCUUCUGAUUUGUACAGGAGAGUUUAUCUUUUUGAUUUGUUAGGCAUUGAUCUAUUUAUAUUAAUGAUUCAAACCCUUCUCUUACAUAUUCCAGCCUUGGCACUGGGACAUUGUAGGCAUGGGGUUUGGUGGGAUAACUCUUUCCUUGGCUAGAAGAGGCAUGAGGGGAUGAAAAGCCUCCUUCUGUGCAGUAAAUUUCUAUGGGAAUAAAUGUUUCUUUUCCCCCUUCAACUCCGGAAUGUGUGGAUGAAAUAAAGCAUGAAGGAAUUUAAUUAUAGUAAAUUAACAGAACAUUUUUCAUCUCCAUUAGACACUUAAGAAUUACAAGGAAUUGUUUUUUACUGGGCUGAUAUGCUUGGUGAGCUGCUUGGCCAACAAAAAGAAGAAUAAUAAAAAUUGUUUCUAAAUGUCAAAAUUGGAAACUUCAUCGUAUGUCAUAAUCUGUGGGAAGAAAAUUCUGGUGCAGUUUUGUAGACAAUCAUUACUCCAUGGUUCAGUAGAUUUGCUUCCAUUUGUAGAUAUAUGAAUAAUAAAAAAAAUGGGUUUUGUAAUAGGAUAUUAAAAAGUGUCAUUACA